AUGGUGUUGGUGUUCCCGGGGGACAGAAUUCGUCUUCUCUCUUCUUCUUCUCCCGAAGGAAAAGAUGGAGAAGAAGAUUUUGAAGAAGAUUUUGAAGAAAUCGAGUGUGGAAGCGGGGCGUACAAAGACGAAAACGGCAUCAAAAGAGCGAGCAAAAUUGGGGAGAUUUAUGUCAAAGACGUUUUCGAAGACGACGUUUUGGCGGUUGACGAGGAGGACGAGGACGAAGAGAACGACGAAGAAGAGAAGAAGAAGAAGAAGACAAAAAAGAAGAGGAAAAGAGUGGUGGAAGUUUUGAACCGGGAGGAAAUCGAGGACGAAAACGUGCGCGUUCGAUUACCCGAGGUGAACGAUGUUGUCUUUGCGAAGUGCACGAAAAUUCGAGAAAAGAUGGCGCAGUUCGACGUCCUCGUGUGCGACGGGAAACCUUUGAAAACGGAGUUUAGCGGCAUCGUGAGGCAACAAGACGUAAGAAAAACAGAAAUAGAUAAAGUUAUAAUGGAGGAAUCGUUCGUGCCUGGAGAUGUGGUUCGAUGUAAAGUACUCGCGAUGGGCGAGGGGAGGAGUUUGGUUUUAGCGACGAACGAAAAUCCAUUAGGGGUCGUUCGGGCGAAGUGUAAGAGGUGUAAAACGACGAUGGUGGCUAUGAAUUGGCAAGAGAUGAUGUGCCCGAAAACAGAACACCGAGAGAUGAGGAAAGUUGCAAAGAUUGAUGAGAUUAAAGAUAUGUAA